AGCGGAAAUCAAUCGAUCGCAGGGGAAGCUGAGCAGAGGAAGUCAGGGAGCUGCCUGCUUUCCUGUCUGUGACAGCCGCGUCAAGGCAAAAAAAGGCCGGGAGCUCUGCUCGCUGCAGUUGAACCUCUCACCGCCGCAGACAUGUCGAAGAACACCGUCUCCGCCCGCUUCAGGCGAGUGGACGUGGACGAGUAUGACGAGAACAAAUUCGUGGACGAGGAGGACGGAGGAGAAAACCAGCUGGGUCCCGACGAGGCAGAGGUGGACUCUCUCGUCAGACAAGGAAACCUCAUGGAGGCUUUACAUGCAGUUCUGAAGAACCCACCAAUCAAUACGAAGAACCAGAAUGUCAAGGAUCGUGCAGAGGGUCUGGUGCUGAAGGUGCUUAGUGCCUUUAAGAGCAGCGACAUUGAGAAAGGGGUGCAGUCUCUGGACAAGAACGGCGUGGACCUGCUGAUGAAAUACAUUUACAAAGGCUUUGAGAGGCCGUCGGAAAACAGCAGUGCGGUGCUGCUUCAGUGGCACGAAAAGGCUCUCGCUGCUGGAGGAGUGGGCAGCAUCGUCAGAGUACUAACGGCGAGGAAGACGGUCUAAAAGCAGCGCAGGAGAAGAAUCCACCUCACACCACUGACACACUGCACUGUUCACGUACCAGAUGGCUUAACCAACGAGAUGCCGAUUUUUGCUCAAGGCAAGAUUAAACUGGAGCGUACGUUCAGGGUCGCGACGAGUUAACAUCAGAUUUCACGGUCUUGUCCUUUUCAUGAUCACAGCUAACACCACACUCCUCCCAGGGUGCUACAGUUAACAUAACCUCCCGUUUGCACGUGCGUGCUGAUUCUCUGAUCCACUAACCCCCUCCAACCUCGCCUGUGUCACACCUGUAAAUGUGUUCAGCGUGUGAGGCUGGGGUUUCCAACUGAGAAGAGAUAAAUUAUGGAGAAACAAGCAUCUUUCAUGCAACCUUUUGCUACUCUUCUGAAUAUUUUUGAACCCAGGAAAAAUCCAGAGACUUAUUCAAAUAGAAGCGUUGGAUCUGCUUCCUUUGGUCUUGAAAUACACCAUCAACUAAUUGUAAUUAAUCCUGAGCUUGCUUCCACAUUAACACCAGAGGAUUAACCCCCUCCCCUAUCGCUUCCCAUAUUUGCUUCCCAUCAUCAUCACGCCUCAGACAGUUUAAUGGAAGCAGUAAAUCCUCUCUGAGUGAGGCUCCAGCAGCAGGCCGCUCCUGAAAAGCACAGUCACAGAUGGAGGGCGGUGAGUUUGACCACAGGGGUCGGCAUGCACCUCGGGAACGGGAGGAGGAUUAUUACCCACCAUGCAUCUCCAUAACCGCCCCCUUUAUUAAUCCCACUUUGCCGCGCCUGACAUCUACACGCUCCCUCUGCUACUGAACAGGGCAUUAUGUGACACUGUUGGUACUAUAUAUACAUAUAUAUAUUUUUUUGCGUCCCUUCAGUUAACCCCAUCAUCUGAAGUGUGCACACAUUUUUUUUUUAACUUAAAAAACCCCAAAACAUCCAGUUAAACAUAUUUUUUGUUUUAAAAAUAUGUCAAAGGCCAAAUUUGCCUUCCGUUAAAAACCCAAAUCCUCUGUAGUGAACAAUGCUAUUUGUCAGUAAGGUGCAUAUCUUACUGUAGAGAGAAAAUUAAUUGAAAUAUAAAAAUAUAUAUUUUGCAUGUUUCCAUUUUGUUUCUUUAAAAAGCUUUUCUUACCUUCUUUUUUUUUACUAAACCUAUUUUGUUUGAAUUCAUUCUGUAGGUUUUUUAAUUUUUUUUUAACCAAGCAUAAAGACACCCUUAUCAUAAAAAACAACUGUUUAUUUAACAUCAUUUUAUGGUAAGAAGAGAAACUGGAAAUGUCUGUUCGUCUGCCUUUAAUAGGCAGAUUAAGUGUGUUGCCAAAUUAUUUUUUUUCAGUUCAGUAGCCGAUAUCGGUGACUUUAGUUUUCAUUGCGUGUUUGAGAGGACACAACAGGUUUACCACUGUUAAAGGAACAUUACAGCAAAGAGGUCGUGACAUAAAGCGGCCUCCGCUUUGCUUUUCAUCUGGACGAAUCAGCUCCAGAAGUGUUUUUUUUUUUUUUUUUUUUUCUGGAUGAAAAAGUUUCUUAUGGAAUACAACAGCGAUUGUCGCUUCAACAGUGUUUUUACUCACAGGUUCAGACGUCAGUGAUGAUGCUUCCAGACCAUAGAUAUCUUUUUCUAAUGCAGUAUUGAAAGUUUAGCGUGUGAAGACGGAAAGAUGCGGCGGCCUCUCUGCUGCAAGGAGUUCUAGCUGAAGGUUAAAAAGAUGCGGGAGCAAACCAGACUGAUGUACAAACUGCCUUACUCAACAAUUUCUUUUUUUAUGUUUGUGCUUUUUGGAAAAAAAAUAAAUAAAUGGUAAGAAUGCUGGAA